UCUCCAGAUGCAGCCCAGGUUCCUUUCUGCUUGGUUCAUGGUUGGGGCAACCUCCUGCCUUGCCUUGCCUUGCCUUGCUUCCCUCCCUUUCCUCCAUUCACCCAUGCUUCCUCCUCCCUGCCCCUCACAUGACUGCCCACUGGGCCCCUAAUCCUGUCUCCCUCCUCCUUCUCAGCCAGUGCAGGAGGCGCGCACGAUGUUCAGCCAGCUGGCAAAGAAGACGAGGCGGAGAAGGAGUCCUGGGGCUCAAGUGCUCUCCUUGUUGCCGCUGCUGCUUCUGCUGCUUCUGGGCACUGGGGACCACACACGAGACCACCCCACCUGGGCCGCCUCUGCCCAACCGGCUCCAGAAAACAAAAGCCAGUGUAUCCUCUCCCCGUCAUCAGAAUUCCCAGAGGGAUUUUUUACGCAGCAGGAGCGAGAAGAUGGAGGCAUCAUUAUCUAUUUCAUAAUCAUUCUUUAUAUGUUUCUGGCUGUGUCCAUUGUGUGUGAUGAUUACUUCCUCCCUUCCCUGGAGAUUAUCAGCGAGUCGCUGGGUCUCUCUCACGAUGUUGCAGGAGCAACUUUCAUGGCAGCGGGUAGUUCCGCCCCUGAACUAGUCACAGCCUUCCUAGGAGUUUUCGUCACAAAGGGAGACAUUGGAGUCAGCACCAUCCUUGGUUCUGCGAUCUACAAUCUUCUCGGGAUCUCUGCGGCAUGUGGACUAUUAUCUGGCAUGGUUUCAAGACUCUCUUGCUGGCCACUGUUUAGAGACUGUUUUGCUUAUGCCAUUAGUGCAGCUGCCGUUCUUGCAAUGAUCAUCGACAACAAAGUUUACUGGUACGAAUGUUCUUCACUCUUGUUAAUAUACGGAGUCUAUAUUUUGGUCCUGUGCUUUGACAUUAAAAUCAACCAGUACAUCAUGAGGAAGUUCAGCCCUUGUUGUACAUGUUUCACGGCGCAUCUAGAAGAAGUGGAAGAGCAGCCGCUAAUGGGAUGGAAGGAGGAAAGGGGGCCCCUGGUCCGGCGACAGUCCAGGGCAGACAGUGGGAUUUUCCACGAUGAGUCCGAUUACGCUCAACUCUCAAUAAGUUUACAUGGACUUGAUACAAUUUCUGAAGAUCCUCCAACUGUGUUCACUGUCCCGGAAGCAGAUCUGAAGCGAGUUUUAUGGGUGCUCUCCCUUCCCAUUAUUAUUCUGCUGUACCUGACUACACCUGACUGCAGGCGGCAGUUUUGGAAGAACUGGUUCAUGCUCACAUUUUUCAUGUCAGCAGUGUGGAUUUCCGCAUUUACAUACAUCCUUGUAUGGAUGGUAACAAUAGUAGGUGAAACCCUAAAAAUUCCAGACACUGUAAUGGGCCUGACAUUGUUAGCAGCGGGAACAAGUAUACCAGAUACAAUUGCAAGUGUGCUAGUGGCCAGAAAAGGAAAAGGAGACAUGGCCAUGUCAAACAUUGUUGGAUCCAACGUCUUUGAUCUAUUGUGUUUGGGAUUACCCUGGUUUAUAAAGACAGCCUUUGUGGACACAUCGGGGCCUGUGCAAGUGAGCAGCAGUGGCCUGACUUACACGGCCAUCUCUCUCGUUUGCUCCAUCGUUUUCAUUUUCCUGGCUGUUCAUCUAAACGGCUGGAAGCUGGACAAAAAACUGGGGGCUGUCUGUCUACUGAUGUACCUGGCCUUUGCAAUAUUAUCAAUCCUGUAUGAACUUGGGGUCAUAGGAAACAAUCCUUUCAGAAUCUGUGGCAACUAAAAUUGGUGGGAAUUCUUUUAAGCACUGUCAUAAAUGAUUUAAAAAAUAAAAAACCUUAAG